AUGGGUGUCUCUGGAGAUACAAAUGUGGUCGGGGUCGAUUUGGCAUCCGUGCUUCCCGUAAUGACCAAACCGUGGUACAAAACCCCUCAUUUGCUGAAGCUCAACCUCAUGCUGUUUGGGUGCAUGCUCUUCUCGAGCACAAUUGGGUAUGACAACUCAAUGAUGAAUGGUCUUCAGGCUCUGACGCCAUGGCAAACAUUCAUGCAUCACCCAAAAGGAGCUUAUCUAGGUCUUAUCAAUGCCACACAAGCAAUUGGCGGCUUUGCAGCCUAUCCAUUCAUGUCCAUCGUCGCUCAGAGAUGGGGUCGAAAAUACAGCGUUUACCUUGGCUGCUGCUUCAUAUUUCUCGGAACCGGUCUACAAACGGGCGCGCGUAGCAGAGAGAUGUUUAUUGUAUCUCGAUUAUUUGUCGGUAUGAGUUCUGCCUUUUUCGGCGCGAUACCCAUGCUCGUGGGCGAGACGGCCUAUCCAACCCAUCGUGGUAUCGUCACAGCUAUUUUCCAAACCCUGUACUAUGUUGGUUCGACUCUUUCGGCCUGGGUCACAUUCGGUACGCGGAAUAUGGACAGCAGCUGGGCAUGGCGGAUACCUUCUCUCCUACAAUCCGCGAUUCCAAUCCUUAUCGUCUCCAUCGCUAUCGCUGCCCCAGAGUCCCCGCGUUUCCUCAUUGCCCGGGGUCGAACUGAAGAAGCUCGUGCUAUCCUGGUCAAACACCAUGCUGGUGGUGAUGAGAACUCACCACUCGUAGCGUUUGAAGUUGCAGAGAUCGAAUCGGCUCUGAGGCUCGAAAAAGAGUUCCACGAGCAGGCAAGCUAUAUGGACAUGCUCCGAACCAAGGGCAAUCGACACCGAACUUUCGUUGGAUUAACACUCGGAAUCUUUGCCCAGUGGAACGGUGUUGGUAUUGUCUCCUACUACCUUGUCUCGGUGCUGAAAACUGUUGGAAUUGCAUCCACCACCAAUCAGACACUCAUCAAUGGCUUCCUUCAAGUGUUCAACCUCAUAGCAGCUGUGACAGCUGCGGGACUGGUCGACAAACUGGGUCGGAGAUUUUUGUUCAUCACCUCCUCCGUCGGUAUGCUCAUCUGCUAUAUUAUCAUUACUGGCUUGGCAGGCAGCUACGCAGAAACCAAACAUUCUGGUGUCGGUAUUGCUGUGGUGCCUAUGCUCUUCGUCUAUUAUUUCUUCUACGACAUAGCUUUCACGCCGCUCAUCGCGUCCUACCCCGUUGAAAUCUGGCCUUACCAGCUUCGAUCUCGCGGUAUUGUCCUCACCCACGCAGCAACCUAUUUUGCGCUCUUCUUCAAUCUGUUCGUCAAUCCGAUUGCGCUUGCCGCCAUUGCCUGGAAAUACUACAUUGUAUAUGUUGUCAUCCUGGUCUUUAUCUGCAUCACAGUGUGGUUCACGUAUCCUGAGACGAGGGGCUACAGUCUUGAGGAAAUUGCGGUUGUUUUUGAUGGGGAGGAUGCAAAGAUUGUGAAUCCCGACAAGGUUUUGGAGUCCGUGGAUGCCCAUAUUGCCAAUAAAAAGCAAGUAACAGAGAUUGAGGGCUAG